UUUUAUCUCCAAAUGUCAUUACGUGGCCUUAGAUUUGUGUGCCGAAUAUAUAGUGAUAAAUAAAAGAAAACAAGCUGUUAAUGUAUUAAAAGCUAAUAUUAACCUGUUCUAGUAGAAAUUGUAUGGAAAUACUUAAAACGAUGCAUAAUUUAUCUAAAUCGUUAUGGGUUAUAUCAAUAAUUUUAGCCGUAGUCAUAUCAACUGCAAAUUGUUACACUAUCACGGUUGAUGCACACGCCGAAGAAUGUUUUUUUGAAAAUGUGGAAGCCAAUACUAAAAUGGGGCUUACAUUUGAAAUAGCUGAAGGAGGUUUCUUAGAUAUAGAUGUAAAAAUCACUGGUCCUGAUGGUACAGUGUUACACCGCGGUGAGAGAGAAUCUUCUGGAAUGUUCACAUUUUCAGCAGCAACAUCUGGUCGUUACACCUAUUGUUUCAGUAAUCAGAUGUCCACAAUGACACCUAAGGUAGUGAUGUUUAACUUUGAAGUAGGAGAAGCACCCCACAAAGAUGAUGGUGAUAAAGACAAGGAAGUUGAUCACAAUAAGCUGGAGGACAUGAUCAAAGAGUUAGGUGCAACUCUUAAGACAGUAAAAAAUGAGCAGGAAUAUAUGCAGGUGCGAGACAGAAUUCACCGUUCCAUCAAUGAAAGCACAAACUCUCGUGUUGUUAUGUGGUCUAUAUUUGAAGCAUCUGUGCUUCUAGUUAUGACCCUGGGCCAAGUCUACUACCUCAAGAGAUUCUUUGAAGUGCAACGAGUCGUCUAAAAUUUGUUACUGUGUACAUGUAGUAUUUAAAUAAAUUUUUAUAUUGAUGACUGAGAAGUAAGACACCAUUUUGGUAUGUUGCAUGAUAUGUAAGAAUCUACAAUUUUUUGUUGUUGUUGUUUUUGUGAUGAACAGGCUUAUAAUCUACUGUAUUAAACCAUCCAUACUUCAAAAAAACACAUGCAAAAUAUAAAUUGUAAAUAAAACAACUGUAAUAAUUGAUCUGUUUAUUUGUACAGUAAAAUAUACAAAAUAAAUUAG